AUGUGGCGGAGCGUGGGCGAGGGGUGCAAGGAGGGCACCAUUCCCCACGGAGGCACGCUGUGCAGCCUAUCGGCCGGACACUGGACCUGGAAAAAACCCAUCUGCCUGAGGAAGGCGGCGUUCACACAAUACACUAACAUUUUUGGAACUGUGGGCGUUAAAAAGAGUGAUUGUUUUAGUGAAGAAAAGGGCACCCUCGAGUUGAUUUACCACGGCAACUUUACGCAGCCACCGAGCACUCAGGCUGUGGCAUACACGGGGAAGUUCUCGAUCAAUUCUAGAGGUUUAGGAGGAUACUGGAAUCCCGGGGGUGCCAUUAACGUAGCUAGUGCUGACAUAAGGGUGGCAGCUUCGUCCCCGGUGCCUGCCUUGCCCUCGCCUGAACCACCAAACUUUUACGCAGGAACUGUGAGCUGCACCAUGGCGCAGAGUCAACACGAUAUAAACCACAUGUAUGCUACGCCGUCUUACUCUUGUACCGGGGAWAUGUACCAGGAUCAAUCAACCUACCUGGCAACGUCAACCUGCCCCAUGUCUUAUCCACAGCCGUCGUACUCAUCCUAUACAUCACCAAAGUCGACAGUGGACAGCGCACUCUUAAACAUCAUGCCUGACUACAGCGGGUUCUUCCAGCCAAACUGCCAACGAGACAUCCAGGCAUUUCCUGACAGGAAAGCGUUACCAUAUUCACUGGACUCUCUGAGGGUUCCACCACCUCUGACACCUCUGAACACAAUAAGGAAUUUUACGCUUGGGGGACCUGCGACAGAGGGCCCUUGUCCACCAAAUCCCUACAACACUCCGAACUUACCCCUGAGGCCAAUAUUGAGACCGAGAAAGUAUCCAAAUCUCCCAAGCAAAACGCCUGUCCAUGAGCGACCAUACCCUUGCCCAGCAGAGAGCUGCGARAGGAGGUUCUCGCGGUCGGACGAGCUGAGCAGACACGUCAGGAUCCACACAGGGCACAAACCCUUCCAGUGUCGGAUCUGCAUGCGCAGUUUCAGUCGCAGUGACCACCUCACUACGCACAUCCGGACACACACUGGAGAAAAACCCUUCUCCUGCGACCACUGUGGAAGAAAGUUUGCCAGGAGUGAUGAAAGAAGGAGACACACGAAAAUCCACUUAAGACAGAAAGAGAAAAAGUCAUCAUAAUGACCCAGGCAGAAUGGUUUUUAACAUUCAGAUAAAUGAUGUUUCCCUGCAGCACCAAUUAAUUAAAUAAUAUCCAAAUCAAACAUUCACACUGAAUUUAGCAGACUAUGGUUAAUUAAGGUGACUAAUGCAUUUGGAUAUAUGGUGCAGAAUGAAUAACAACAUAAACGGACAGAGCUAUCACAUUUAUAUUAGGUAUAGAAUACAUUUUUCAUAACAUAACUGUAAAUGUGCACCAACACAAGUGCUCAGUAUAGAAAGUGUUUCAAUAGAGUAGGUGGGGAAAUAGUCACAGAGAUGCUGAAUAGGGGGUAUCAGCCAGCAAGUAGSCUCACUUUUGCCAGUGUUGAGAGACUUCCCACAAUAGAUGAGAUCAUGAUGGGUAUUCCUGCAUUAUAGCUGGGAAAGGAGUGUCAUGACCAAUAUCACAGAGCUGAGUGGUCUGGCCAGGGGCGUGUAUGUUCUGUAUAUUACCCACAUCCAGUUUUGAGAGUGGGGGGGGGGUUAGAGUCCCAUGUGUGUAAAAACUGGAAGCCCUGUACUGUCAAGAGAGACAAUUAAGAACUGAACUGCUUACGUUUGCUUUUCUUUUUAAAAUCUCCUGUUACUUGUUGGAUGAAGAUGAAAGUCAAAUCUGUGUAAGAUCAUUACAGAAAGUAACUAAGGGGAAAUAUGUUUAUUUUACAUGUGUCAUUUUACGUGUUUUUACACACUGAGCAUUGUUCUUUAACUGACUUGAUGCUUCUUGCAAUAAAUGUAGAAUAUGUUAGAUAACUGCUUGUUUGUGUGUUUGUUCAUUGUUUCACAAAUGUAUUCUUAAACCUAAUCCAAAUUAAAUAACUGGGCA